UGAAGGCACCAUUUCACUUAGAGUAGUGGGACUGCGUAGUUCUAUCAAAAUGACGCAAAUAAAAACCUUGGGUCUAUUAAUUAUCGUUAUUUGUGCUAUAAUCCACACGACCAAUACAUCACCGCUUGUUGAACGCGAAGACGACGUGGAUGGAGAAGAGACAGACCGAGAAUUCGAAGACGCAUUUGAAGAAAAGUACAAUGGGAAAAUAGCUCGAAGUUUCCAAGAAGAAAACGUUGAUGAUGCUCGUGAGUUCGCAGAAGAAGUCAGAGCACUCCAGGAUCAAAUGUCACCGUAUGAUAAAAGAGAAGAGGAGUCUGCCGGGGAAGUCACCGACAGAGAAUUCGAAGAUGCUUUUGACGAAGCAAUGAAAGAGGAAAUGGUUCGUGAUUUCCAAGAGAAAAAUAUAGAAGAAGCAGUCCGAGCUCUUCGGGAUCAACAGUCAACAUACGAUGCAAAUGAAGAUGAUGCUAUAGGAGAAGAAACAGACCGAGAAUUUGAAAACACCUUCGAGGAAGCGGUUAAGGCAGAAAUGUCACGAAGCUUUGAAGAAGAAAACGUUGGCAAGACUCGUAGUUUUGAAGGCGAAGAUGAAGUGGAUCUUACGUACCAGCAGGACGAAGAGGGAUCAGAGAAUGAGAGACAGAUAACUGCCGAUUUCGAUAUCACCCCACCGAAGGAAGAACGCCAGGUGAAAAAAUCAAAAUCGAGAUCUACACAACCAUUGCGGCUAAGCCAGCUGAUUAUUAGACCCGUUUUGACCAAGCGUUGUGUAGGAGAAAAAAACUUGUCUCAGAGCCAUUGCGCAAAAUACCUUGCAUGCGGAAAGUCUAUGUUCCGUGGCGCUAUUAGGACUUGUGAGUCGGGACAGCUUUUUGACGCGAUUCUCCAGAAAUGCACAGAUUCCUCUAAAGUUGAUUGUACAAUUUACUAGAUAUAGUAAACUGAGACCUGACAAACUGAUGCCUCCCAUUUUGUUAUUCCCAGCAUAUCCUAUUUCUUCAAAUUUCUUCUCCUUAUUUCAGUUUUCUUUGUAACCAAAGGAAUACCCAGGCUUCCGAAUAAAAAAUCCGCUUU